CCGGCCGGGUUAUUUCUCACGGGGGCUCGUAAAUAUGCCGCUCGCGAGCCGGAAGCGCUUCUAGCGCUUGCCCUGGAAGAAGAAAAUGAGAGUUGCGUGGGGCCGGUCCUGGAGGCGGACGAAGCAAUAGUAGCGGCCGGAGGCGGGGCCUGAGUAUCCUCGCGCGGCUAGAGCGAAGUCUGGCUUUCGUUGCUGGCGGUGGAAAGGAGAAAGAAGAAGAAGAAGAAAAGGCGGCGGAGAACGCGAGGAAGAUUCUGGGGGCCCACCGGGCCUAGGUCGGGAGGGUCGAAGACCUGGGGGGGCCGCAGUGGGGGGCCGGGGAGCGAGAGAAAAAAGAUGCUGCUCUUCGUGGAGGGUAUGGUACUAAAGCCACUCCUUGAUGCUAGAGAGACUCCAGAAGGCUAGACUCUGGAAAUCCAACUUCCUUAUUCUCUGGCCUGUGCUUCUCUGUGGCAAGAUGCAGGUAACGUCGAAAGGUGCCAGCUUGAACCCUAAUGCAAAAGUAUGGCAGGAAGGCAUGCAGGGCAACGCAGAAGCUGCACCAGCAACUAAUGGCUCAGAGCAUUCGUGGCAAGAGACUGCAGCUGUGCUGGGAAAUUGUACAGAGGGUAAUGCUGUGGUUGCAGAUGAUGGUGCUAAGCAUUAUGAAGCAAUGUAUUCAUCUUGUGAACUGUCGAGAAGCAGUUCAGGUGUUGAGGAAUCAGCAGCUAAUGGAAUGGUCUUGGCAUCAGAAGAUCUUGGAUACCAACUCUAUGAUGUUUCUGGUGAAGGGAGUCCUAUGAUUUCUACAGAAGAUCUGAAAGAAUGUUUGAAGAAACAACUAGAGUUCUGUUUCUCUCGGGAGAAUCUAUCCAAGGAUCUUUACUUGAUGUCUCAAAUGGACAGUGAUCAAUUUAUUCCAAUAUGGACAAUUGCCAACAUGGAAGGAAUAAAGAAAUUGACAACAAAUAUGGAUCUUAUUGUGGAAAUACUGAGAUCUUCUCCUAUGGUUCAAGUGGAUGAGCGAGGAGAAAAGGUUAGGCCAAACCACAAGCGCUGCAUUAUUAUUCUCCGUGAGAUUCCUGAAACUACACCUGUAGAGGAGGUAAAGGCACUGUUCAAAAAUGAAAGCUGCCCCAAAGUGAUAAGCUGUGAGUUUGCUCACAAUAACAACUGGUAUGUUACAUUCCAGUCAGAUACUGAUGCACAGCAGGCUUUUAAGUACUUACGGGAAGAAGUCAAAACCUUUCAGGGCAAGCCAAUAAUGGCCAGGAUAAAAGCCAUCAACACGUUUUUUGCAAAGAAUGGUUACCGGGUAGUGGAUUCCAGUGUGUAUGCUCAGCCUGUCCAAACACAAGCACAGUUUGCCUCACCACUGUUUAUGCAGCCUGUAUAUAGUCCUCAGCAGUACUCCAUCUACAGUAUUGUGCCUCAGACAUGGUCUCCAAACCCUGCACCUUAUUUUGAAACACCACUGGCUCCCUUUCCCAAUGGUGGAUUUGUGAACGGCUUCAGUUCACCGGGAUCAUACAAGACAAAUGCUGCUGCGUUGAGUUUAGGUCGCACAUUCCAUAGAAAUCGUGUGAAGACGCAUUUCCGGUUGUCAAGUAGCUCUGAACACACUGCAGAAGUAGCAUCCACAGUCACGGCGGUGUCAGGGGAUGGGCAAUUGCACAGAGCCAGCUCAAGGAACUUUCAGACAGAACGGCCAGCAAACACAUUCUCAGGACAUCAAGAGCAAAGCUAUUCACCGAAGGAUUCCCCCAUUUCUCAGAUAGAGCAAAAUGGUGACUAUGGCAGGGGCAGGAGGAACAUUUUCAGAGGUCGGAGGAGACGGGAAGAUGAUAGACUUUCACGACCUCAGCCUUCAACUGAAACCAAGACUUUGACACCAAAGUUUGACUUGCUAACUUCGAAUUUCCCUCCCUUGCCUGGUAGCAUGAUAAAAACCCAAGGAGACGCUGUCCUGGAGGGUAGGAUGUCAGACAUUGUUAAAGGAAUAAGCAAAGAAAAGGAAAACAAAGAGUUACCAGUCAGUUGUCUAGCAUCUACUCAGGAAGAGCAGGGCCAAAGUACUACACAACCUGUCAUAAGCGCUGGUUCUCCCAAUGGGAUUGAUGUUCCUGGAUUAAGUGCCACUCAGCCCGAUAAGAAGCCAGAAGAGGUCCAUGUGCAGAAAGAGGUUGCAAGCCAGACUUCCCCACCUUCAUCUGUGUGCCCUCUCAGUGCUGUAAAGCCAGUGAGAACUAACACCACUUCAUCUACAACCAAUGCAAACCCAAUGCCUCCUGUGACGGUACAGGAACCCCGCAAACUCAGUUAUGCUGAAGUCUGCCAGAGACCCCCAAAAGAACCUGCUUCUGCUCCUGUCCAGCCGCUUAGAGAGCUGCGUACCAAUGUAACCUCUCCUGCCAAAACAGAAGAAAAUGGCACCCAUGAAAAGGCUGGAGAGAAGGCACAUGAAAAACCGGAAGGGCGGAUAAAAGACUUUGCUGUUUUCCGAGGCAACGGGCCUCCUAAGGGAGCUGCAGGGAAAAUCAGGGAACAGAGGCGCCAGUGUGUACGUAGGUCUUCUCCUCAGGGAGCGCCUCGGCGUGUUGGCAAGGAACAGUAUGUGCCACCACGAUCACCAAAGGAAAACUGAUCAAACUUUUUAUUUAAUCAGAACUAUAGACUCAAGCAGCUGAGGAGAAACUGGCCAGCUGAAAGAGGGAGAGAAAUAUGGAAAAAGUGGAUACUGAACUCAAGAGCACAGGGUUUGCAGUGUGAGAGCUUGAAGAGGUCCCAAUAUUCAUCUCUAAGUGAUGUUAAAAUGCUGGAGGAAUUGAAUCAAUAUAAAUAUGCUAAAGAUUAUAAUUUUUGUAUUUUUUUUGUUUUUAAUUUGCAGCGGGUUUCCUGCCUGAUGAAAUAGAUUCUGAAGUUGAGGAACAAAUACACACCUUAUCAUGUUUCUCACAUGUAGAGAAGAGGGGGCAAAAGAAUAUUUUUUUUGUGGGGGGGAGAGGCAUUUCUGUAAAAGUUAUAAAUUACUUUUUAAAAUCUAUUUAAUGUAUGGCUUGUUAGGAUGACAUGUAUGCCAUUAAUGGCCUUGCAUUACAAAUCAGCCCCCAAACUGACAUGCUUGGUCAGUAUGAAUGAGUGUAGCCACAUACUUGUUAUGUCAUGAUUUAGUCACUGAUGAUAAUCGAAUGUACUACUGUAGUAUUUUGUGUUCUGGAAAUGUAGUCUUUGACCUUGCUAUUUCGGUCAAGUUUUAAAACUAUAUGAUUUUACUUUUGGAGUAUAUGAACAGCAAGAUUAGUAAACAAGAAUAGCGGGCAAGGUUUUAAUUUGUUCUUGCUUUCCCUCUAAUUAGGGACUGUGUUUUUUAUUUUUCCUCACUGCUUUAGUGUGUUCUCUAAUCUUUAUUACAGAAUUAUGCACAUCUAGCUGGAAUGAGUAGUUCCAGUACUGUUGCAAGUCUAAUACAGGAAAAGUAAAAGCUGCACAGUCAACAUUGCUUGGUAUCUCAUUAAUGAAUCUGGACUUUGAACGCUUGAAUAUACUGAAUUCUGUAGAAGUGUGGCAAGACAUUUGAGGCCUGACUUGGUUAUAAUUCACAGAGCAGCCUGCUUAGAGUGGCUUGCAUUUGUGUAUUGAAAAGCUCUUUUUACUCAAAGGCACUUCAUACGAUACUGGAAAUCAGGUUUUCUUUAGCAGGGAGACUUUUUUUAAACAACCAGCUUGGUAACCAGUAGAUUUCCCCAUUUAUUAGUUACUAGAGCCAUGAAAAGUCUUAAGUUUGGAAAAUAUAUUGAAGACUUUUACAUAGCGUUACGUUAACUAAAUUAACAACAUCAUUGUGUAACAAAGCGAUCUGGUUUUCAAGCUGGUAAUUGUAGUAAGUAAGAGAAGGAAUAGUAAAACUGCAACAUGUUAAUCUGCCAAAAUCCACAUGCUAGGGUUCAAGGUUCUGUAUUAAAGUGUUAGGGGAAAGUAUCUUGCAACAACAAAGUGUACCUGUUUCUUUAGUUAAUAGCAAAUAUACAAACCUAAAUUUGUUAGUUGUGAACACUGGAAAACUCCAUUGCGAGAUACCACAACCAUCUUAGUUUGUACAUGUUAGCGAUGACUUUAAAAUGUCAGUGGCAGAUAAAUAAUUAACUGUGAAAAUGUUCAUCUUCUGAUUUCUUAGCCAGUUAACCCUUGGCAAUUUCUUACUUGGUAGACAUUCUCUAUCGAUGGCUUUGAGAACAUUCAUAUCUAUUUUUAUAAGUAUAUAUAUGAAAGUCAGAUUUGUCAUUUCUCUAACUUAUUAUUCAGCUUGGCAAUCACUGUUUUGAUUUGAUUGAGAAGUGUAUAUGUACUUAUGCAGUUGAUAUUCCUUUCCUACACAUGUUAAUAAUCAUUACUCAUUUUAAACCACCUGUGCUGGGUUUGACAGUCUUUACAUUUACACAAAUCAUUGAUCACACCUGUUAUCACACGCACGCACACUUUGGUUUCCUCAUAAUCCUAUAUUGGAUUGACAUAACCCACAAAGGUGAAAAUAUUUAAAUUAUAAAGAACUUCUCAAAAUGUGUGGAAGACUACUUCAGAAAUAUUUUUUUUAAGAUCAUAAGUCUAAUUACUGCACUUCAAAUGAGAAAAGUUGAAAAACCUGUUGAACAGCUACAGAUAUACUUAGGGUAGAUGUGCACUGUGUCAUUUCAAAUUGUGUAUUUGUAUUAUGAUAGCUGUAUGGAGUUCUCAAAGAGAAAUGUUGCAAUUCAGAAAGAACUGAAGUAGUAGUUAUUUGGGAAGUGGCUAUUGAAAAUUAGUAACUCGGCAAUGCGAGUGUGUGAAAUCUAACCCUGUUUGGUUGGAAUCUUGAAUUCAAAAGCAGAACAAUUUAAAAGAAAACGCUUGUCUUUAUGGGAUGUUAAAACAAGUACAGCUCACAGUCCUUUUGUGAGACAAAAAACUUGACAUCUGGAAGGGAUGUAUUGUACAUCCUGGAUGUAUGUAUGUAUGUGUGUGCUUUUCCCACAGCGGGUUAUGGCUCUUGUGCAAUGUAUCUGUAUAAGUGUGUAAAAACAGUUUUUUCCAAUGUGAAAUUACUAGCCUAGAAGGCUCACUAUAACUGAAGUAUUUGAUAACUAUUUGCAGUUAACAGAGCAUCCUCUUCUUCUCCCCCCACCCCAGUCUGUUACCAUAGAUGUCUAAACUUCUAGGUUUAGAGGUAAUAACCAAGUAAAUAUAACUGCUACAAAGAAAAAGAACAAAGUUGUAGGCUGUUAACUUUUCUGGCAGUUAAUGCAUGGUUAGGAACAUAUCUGGGCUAGCUGUUGCUCUUGCUCAUUCUCAGGCAAUGUCUUGAGUCUACAUCAGUCAGUCUUCCCACUUUACUCUGGAAACAAAGAAAAGGUCUUGGGAACUAGCUUCACUGUUAGGGCAAUUUCACUGUCUUACUGUUAGAAUGUGCAACUUGGUGGUUUUCUGUGUAGCUUUCCAUUAAAGUGUCAAUGGGCAAAUCAUUCCUAGAUGGACAGUUGAGGCACUUCUGAAUUGUUGCCCACUGUCUGCCUGAAAUGGCAUCGGAUGAAUGUAAAAAAUAUAUACCAGUAUAGUUUGUAUUAAGUAAACUUAACCAAAAAUAUAAUUUUCAUAGCAAAUAUUGGAUCAGUAGAAAUGAGGUUGCUGUUUGUGUUCAUAGCAUCAGUGUCAGAACUGUCAACCAAGCCCUGAUUACCUUUCUCCUGAACAAAUGGUAGUUGGACACACAUGCCUUCUGUCCUUGAAAGUCUAACAACUAUGCCCAAGAAGGCAAAAGACCACAAGUGGCUUUCAGCUUCUUAAACUGUCACUUGCAGGUAAUCUAUUGUGAGUUUUUUCUUGGUUAGCCGGAAGUCUGAGUGUUUCUCCCCUUCCAAGUUCUUAAGCAUUGUUGAAGAACUCUGGGCCUCAGUUUUCUGCUUCUGCUGUGGAAAUGAAAAAGGGGAGACCGUCUUUCUGCAUGGGUUUUACAUACCUGCUUGCUAUCUCUUUCUUUGUUGUUGGCUUGGCAAUGUGGUGCAGUACUAGCAGCAGGUUUUUUAAAACCCAUCUUAUUGACCAGAAGAAGACAAAGAUGAAACUGGGGCAGAUCAGUAGCAAUUAAGUGACUCAAGCAAUGCUUUACUGUAGUUUAAAUAGCUAUGGCCUUACUACUUUGUCAAUAUCAACUAAAUGUCUAAAUAUAUCCACUCUUUUUAUUGUUACUCAAGUGAAUAUUCACAUGGGAUAAAAAUCUGCUACAUGUGUACAGAUUAUUUUAAAUUUGUAAAAUGCAGCAUUGUAUACAGACAAGAUGCAACAGAAAUGCACUUCAGGGUGGGGAUUGCUUAAACUUUUGUAAGUUAAUUACAACAAAUAUGCAAUAGGUUUUUCCUUUAACUUUUGAUAUUUCCUUCUGAAACACAAGAUUGUUUCCAUUGAACUUUAAUGGUCUAAUGUGCGUGCAUGCAUGUGAGAGAGAGAGAAUGAUUAGACAUUACAUAGUGUGGGCUUCCCUUAGGAUGGGGCAUUUGAGUUUUUUGUGGGGGUGGGUGGGUGGGCAGAGGUGUUGAUUGGAAUGUCAGCCCAGACAAAGAUGAAAUAGAUCAGAUGAGCAUAUUAAUGUACACUUGAGGAUUUGAAAUGGGAGCUAAUGAAACAGCUUACUUCUGAAAAAUCAGUCUUCAAACUAAUCUGCAACAACUUUAACAAUUUUAUAUUCAAUAGCUAGAGAUGUUUAUUUUUAUGGAGAUUGAGUGAUAGAUUAAAUUUCCCCCUUGAAGAUAUUUCAAAUGUUAAUGGUGAGUGUGGAAAAUGGCUUCUGUUUUUAAUAAGUCAAACUAUUAGACUAUGACUUUUCCCAGACAAGUUUUGACUUCUUGUGUGAUGCUUAUAAGUCUUGCUUUUCAAAUAACAGGGCUUCUAUGGGGGGGAAAGGAACUUUUUGGCUUCUCUAUUUUGUCAGUUUGGUUUAUUCCUGUUGUCAAAGCUGUCUAAAACAACAUUGUGUGAAGUAGGCUCAUGCUUAAUUGUUAAAAUUAUACAUGUAUUUCUAUUUGUUUUUGACAUUGCCAAGGUGCUAUGGGAAACUGAAAUAACCAUUAGAAGGAAAUAAUAAAAUCCACCUUAAAAAGA